AGCUCCAUGCACCUCUCUCUUCUCGAACCCUCUUUGUGUUUGCCAGCCUGCUGCCACCAUGACCACCACCAUCCGCCAGUUCACCUCCUCUAGCUCCAUCAAGGGCUCCUCUGGCCUAGGGUGCGGUUCGUCCCGCACCUCUAGCCGCCUCUCUGGCAGCCUGGGCUCCGGCUCUUGCAGGCUGGGCUCAGCAGGCGGGCUGGGCAGUGCCCUCGGGGGCAGCAGCAGCUACUCCAGUUGCUACAACUUUGGCUCUGGCGGGGGCUAUGGCAGCAGCUUUGGGGCUGUGGAUGGGCUGCUGGCGGGAGGUGAGAAGGCCACCAUGCAGAACCUCAACGACCGCCUGGCCUCCUACCUGGACAAGGUUCGUGCCCUGGAGGAGGCCAACACUGAGCUGGAGGUGAAGAUCCGCGACUGGUACCAGAAGCAGGCCCCAGGGCCCGCCCGAGACUACAGCCACUACUACCAAACUAUCGAGGACCUGAAGAACAAGAUCCUCACAGCCACUGUGGACAACGCUAGCAUACUGCUGCAGAUUGACAAUGCCCGCUUGGCUGCUGAUGACUUCCGUACCAAGUUUGAGACAGAGCAGGCCCUGCGCAUGAGUGUGGAGGCCGACAUCAAUGGCCUGCGCAGGGUGCUGGAUGAGCUGACCCUGGCCAGAGCCGACCUGGAGAUGCAGAUUGAGAACCUCAAGGAGGAGCUGGCCUAUCUCCGAAAGAACCAUGAGGAGGAGAUGAACUCCCUGAGAGGCCAAGUGGGUGGUGAGAUCAAUGUGGAGAUGGAUGCCGCCCCUGGAGUUGACCUGAGCCGCAUCCUGUCCGAGAUGCGUGACCAGUAUGAGAAGAUGGCAGAGAAGAACCGUAAGGACGCUGAGGACUGGUUCUUCAGCAAGACAGAGGAGCUGAACCGUGAGGUGGCCACCAACAGCGAGCUGGUGCAGAGCGGCAAGAGUGAGAUCUCUGAACUCCGGCGCACCAUGCAGGCCUUGGAGAUCGAGUUGCAGUCCCAGCUUAGUAUGAAAGCAUCCCUGGAAGGCAGCCUGGCAGAGACUGAGAACCGCUACUGCAUGCAGCUGUCCCAGAUCCAGGGGCUGAUUGGCAGCGUGGAGGAGCAGCUGGCACAGCUGCGCUGUGACAUGGAGCAGCAGAACCAGGAGUACAAGAUCUUGCUGGACGUGAAGUGCCGUCUGGAGCAGGAGAUUGCCACCUACCGCCGCCUGCUGGAGGGCGAGGAUGCCCACCUGACUCAGUACAAACCCAAAGAACCUGUGACCACUCGCCAGGUGCGCACCAUUGUGGAAGAGGUCCAGGAUGGCAAGGUCAUCUCCUCCCGUGAGCAGGUGCACCAGACCACCCACUGAGGACUCUAUGCCCUCAACAGCACGUCCAGAAGCAGCUGCCCCACAGUCUUGCAGCCUCUGGCCUCCCUAGCUCAGCCUCAGCCUUUCCCCUUUCCUUUGCACCCACCUCUGCCUGACCAAUAAAGCUUGUUGACUCACA